CUCAACUAUAAGCUUCUUUAUACCGGCUAGCAGCUUCAGUGUCACUGCUACCAGUAGUAUAACCAAGAAGCUUUUAGACUGUGAGAUGGCUUCAAAACGCUCUGCAUCACUUGCUCUCCUUCUGGCCGUUAAUCUCCUCUGCUUUUCCCUUGUUAGUGCUUGUGGCUCUUGCGGCAAUUGUGGCUCUUGCCGUAACCCUACCCCAAAUCCAACCCCUCAGGGCACUUGUCCUAGAGAUGCCCUUAAGUUAGGUGUUUGUGCAGAUUUGCUUGGCUCUUUGCUUAACAUCACCAUAGGGUCCCCUCCCAAAACUCCAUGCUGCUCCCUUAUCCAAGGCCUUGCCGAUCUUGAAGCAGCCGUUUGCCUUUGCACUGCCAUUAAGGCCAACAUCUUAGGGAUUAACCUUAAUAUCCCGCUCUCCCUUUCCUUGCUUCUCAAUGUCUGUUCAAAGCAGGUUCCCUCCGGCUUCCAAUGUGCGUAAUCACGUACGUGCUGCAUUUUUUUUCCCCAUUCACUUGUGUGUCAUUUGGAAGUGUGAUUGAUUUCAAGUCUUCUGGAUUAUGAUCAGUGUGUUUAUUAAUGCAAGUUUGUGGGUGACAACUUUGUUUCCCUUGUAGUGUUUUCGCCGUAGCAUUGAUACUGAAUGAAUAAGCAUUGUAAGACUUGUGCUUUUCCUUUCGUAAGUGAUUCUUGUAUUAUGUAUGUUUAUGCAAAAUAUGAAAGAAUGUAUGGCUUUUCAUGACUAUGCAUCAACCUUCAAAAAAACUAAUCAACUAUAUGAAGAUUA